AUGGCGGAAGAGAAAAGAAGGAAGGAGGGGGCUCAAAACGUCCACAGCGGUUUUUCCAACCCCGUGGCCCGGGACGAUGAUUUGGAUCCUCCGCCUGACAACCACUGGGACGAGCCACCGGUCUACGAGUUGGUCGAAUCGGGGAACCGAGCGUCAACGACGGUUGUUGCUCAAGAUGAUGGACGAGCUGCUAUCAGUCUCCUCACUGCAAAAGGCCUAUCGAUCCCGACGCCCUCUCAACAGAAGCCCUACACGAUACCGAAUAUUAGCAACUCCAAAUCUCCACGCUUGAACGUCGUGGUUCAAAUUGUCGGUAGUAGAGGGGAUGUGCAGCCGUUCUUAGCCCUCGGGCGCGAGCUACAAAGCGCCGGACAUCGAGUAAGGAUCGCUACUCACGAUGUUUUUCGAGACUUCGUUACCCAAGCCGGCUUUGAGUUCUUCCCCAUCGGCGGAGAUCCAUCAUCCCUUAUGGCUUACAUGGUCAAGAAUCCCGGCAUCAUUCCAAAUUUUGAAACUCUCAUGAGUGGUGAGAUCUCAAAAAAGCGCAAGAUUGUAUACAGAAUGCUAGAGGGCUGCUGGAGGUCGUGUAUUGAACCAGACCCCGAGAAUAAUAUCCCAUUUGUCGCCGAAGCCAUCAUCGCCAAUCCACCUAGUUUUGCCCAUGUGCAUUGUGCACAAGCCUUAGGAGUUCCCCUUCACCUCAUGUUCACCAUGCCUUGGAGCCCUACAAGGGCAUUUCCUCAUCCCCUGGCAAACAUUGUACGGACGCAUGCGGAUCCAAUGACAACGAACUAUCUGUCUUACGGUUUGGUAGAACUGAUGACGUGGCAAGGUCUUGCCAGCGUUGUAAAUGAAUGGCGUCGAAAGUCGCUGAGUCUUGACCCGGUGCCAAUAUUGACAGGGCCCUCAAUCACCGAGGCCCUGCAGAUACCUUUCACCUACUGUUGGUCCCCAGCCUUCGUGCCAAAGCCCCAAGACUGGGGUAAUCAUAUUGAUGUGUGUGGUUUCUUCUUCAGGGAAGAGCCAUCCUAUGCCCCUGACGAUGAGCUGUAUUAUUUCCUAAGAAGUGGCCCGCCACCAGUGUACAUUGGCUUCGGCAGUAUUGUCAUGGACGAUGCAGAAAGAAUGACCGCUAUACUGCUAGCCGCAGUCAGAGCGUGUGGUGUGCGGGCCAUAAUAUCCCGCGGCUGGAGUAAACUUGGUAACGGCCAGCAAGAUCCAAAUGUGUUGUUCCUAGGCGACUGCCCGCAUGAAUGGCUGUUCAAGCACGUAUCAUGUGUUGUGCAUCACGGUGGGGCCGGUACCACUGCGUGUGGUCUUCUCAAUGCACGACCGACGACUAUAGUCCCUUUCUUUGGCGAUCAAGCUUUCUGGGGUCAGAUGAUUGCUGCUGCCCGAGCUGGUCCAUCCCCUAUUCACCAUAAAUCCUUGAACGAAAACAACUUAGCGGAAGCUAUUCGAUAUUGCCUAACGCCAGAAGCAGUUAACGCAGCUGUGAAAAUCUCUCAGAAAAUGAAAGCAGACAAUGGAGUUCGGGCUGCGUCAUGUUCUUUCCACAGCCAUUUACCUGUGGACACUUUACGAUGCGAUCUACUUCCGGAUGAACCCGCUGUUUGGCUGUAUGCUAAGUCUAAAAAAAGGAAACCUCUUAAACUGUCAGACAAGGCCGCCUUUAUCUUGACGGAGAAUAAAAAGAUUGAGGCUAAACAUUUUAAGCUCUACCAACCCAAACCCAUAACAAUAGAGAAUCAACGCUGGGACCCUGUGAGCGCCGGCAGUUCUGUUCUUUUGGGCGUGUUGUUUGACUUCACAGUUGGCUUCAGUCAAGUAUUUACAGGUCCCGCCAGGGGCUUCCGAAGCAAAGAAGAUGGAGGAGGGAAGAAAGAGGCAGCAGUUACGUUCGGAAACGGAUUUGGCAAGAUGGUGGGAGUUCUUCCCAAGGCUACUCUUGUUGACUUUCCUUUGGCCAUAACAGAAGGCCUACAUCAUUUACCGCGACUAUACGGCGAUGAAGUUCGAAAUCACGGCCAAGUCAAGGACUGGAAAAGUGGCGGUGUGGUCGCUGGAAAGACGUUCGUGUACGGCUUCGUGGACGGACUCUCUGGGGCUGUCAUGCAGCCCUACGAAGGCGCGAAAGAAGGCAGCUGGGCAGGCUUUGGGAAGGGACUUGGAAAGGGAGUCAUGGGACUUGUCACAGGACCAGGCGCAGGCAUGUUUGGUCUCUUUGCAUACCCGUUCCUAGGAAUGUACAAGUCAAUCAGCGCUUCUUCACUUUCGCCCACGGAAAAGAAGAUCUUGCUCGCACGGCAAGUCUACGGCUCGUACAUGGCCCGGCAGCGAGAGUAUGCCGCGCAAGAUAAAGGACAGGAAUGGUAUGAUGCAACUCAGGAUCUCGUCCUUGAAGCCUUCGAAAGAAGGGCCAAACCAGACUAA